UUAAAUUUUCUAUAAAUGGAUAAAAAGGUGAACGGAGCUGAUGAAAAUGCUGCAGCUGUUGCGCCUGCCGGUGACGUGCCCGCGGCCGCUUCUCCUAAAGAAGAAAUAACUAAGGAUGAGACUUCUGCACCUCAGAGUGAAGUAAUCAAAUCUGAAGAGGCUCCAGCACCCAAAGUAACAGAGUCUACAGCAGAAAAGACAAAUGAAGCCGUGAAAACACCAGUUGAAGAUAAAUGUGAAAAACCAGUUGCACCUAUUGCAUGUGAGGCAGCUUGUGAAAAACCUGCAACUUGUGAGAGUAAAGAAGUUAAAGAUCCAGUACCAGCAGAACCUGUUCAGACAUUAGAAGCAGCCCCAGCUGCGGAGCCAGUUGAACAUGUUACAUCAGCAGCUGAAAAUAAAGUUGAAGAGCCGGCAAAAACAGAUGUAGUUGCUGAAGUUCCAGUUCCAGAAAAUGUUGAAGCCAAACAGGACCGGAAUCUCUACCUCCUCCACCAGUUGAGGAACAGAAAGAGGUUUGUGAUCAUACAUCACCACCCCCAUUACCAAUUUCCUCACCCCCUUCCCAAGUAA